AUGGACAUGAUCCAGACCUUGAGAAAAUCAUAUACACCACCAGCUGCGGCUUUUCAAGUACUUGAAUCGCCCACCACCUCGACAUCCACGGCCACUUCUACCCCCUCUUCUUCGACCGGCUCCUCUUCCACCUCUUCCUCCACCAGCUCCUCUUCCACCUCCUCCUCGGCCUCUCCUCCUCUACGUUCCUCUUCAAAGUCUUCACCGGCAGAUCAAAUUCGUGUGCCCAAUCCAUCCCCAAGAACUCGCAGCCAACAGGACGGGUUCACCUUCGUUAGGGAUCUUCGGCCCAGGUCGCCUCCACCCACGACAAGGCCGCCUUCACCCGCGACUGUCGCACGACCCCAGAACCCCGUGCAAGAGCAGCAAGAACCCACUCUCAUCAUCGACUCAAGGCAUAACGAAGACAUAUUCAGCUAUCACAUAAAAUCCGGGGACCCUGUUGGGCCAACCAAGAACGUGCUAUCUCAGAUCAACAUACGUAUUCCCAUCAACAUCAUCUCUAUCUACAAAGCACAGGAGCUGGAUCUUUCUAUCGAGGACUUGGAAUCGGGAGACCCCCGGAAGGUGCAGUACAUUUCUUCGGAGCAUCGCACAACCAAUUGGAAGAUCGUGGGCAAAACACUAGAUGCCAAGAUCUACUCGGAUUCAAACGCCCACACCAAACCAAAGACACUCUCGCUCUUCGUCGCUCACGCCUCCCUGGAUCCGCCCAUCAUACUUGGCCAGCCGUUCCUGAAACAGAGCAGGCGUAACUACAGAACCCAAUGA